UGCGACGUGGCAGGAGAAACUGCUGCUGCAUUGGCUGCUGCUUCCUUGGUCUUCCGAACAGUUGAUCCGGCAUACUCUAGACUGCUGCUGACAACUGCUCAGAAAGUCAUGCAGUUUGCAAUUCAAUACAGAGGUUCUUACAGUGACUCCCUCGGCUCUGCCGUUUGUCCAUUUUACUGCUCGUAUUCCGGUUAUAAGGAUGAGUUAUUGUGGGGGGCAGCCUGGCUCUUCAGAGCAACGAACAACGUUUACUACUUUAAUUUCAUCAGAAGUCUGGGAGCCAAUGAUGGAACGGACAUUUUUAGCUGGGACAACAAAUACGCCGGUGCUCGCGUUCUACUGUCAAGGAGAAGCUUGCUGAACAGAGACAUGGCAUUUGAGCCUUAUAGGCAACAAGCUGAAGACUUUGUGUGCAGAAUUUUACCAAAUUCUCCGUAUUCAAGCACACAAUAUACGCCAGGAGGGCUGAUGUUCAAGCUAAGCCAGAGUAACCUGCAACACGUGACAUCCAUAACCUUCUUGCUCACCACAUAUUCCAAAUACAUGGCAGCCACAAAGCACACCUUCAACUGUGGAAACCUUUUGGUCACCUCAAAUACCUUGAGGAGCCUCUCAAAGAGACAGGUGGACUAUAUCUUAGGCGAAAACCCUUUGAAAAUGUCGUACAUGGUGGGAUACGGCUCAGACUAUCCGAGAAGAAUUCACCACAGAGGCUCCUCCUUGCCCUCGGAAGCAAUUCAUCCUCAGUCCUUCGGCUGUGAAGGCGGAUUCCAACCAUUCUACUACACCGCCAAUCCGAAUCCUAACAUCUUAACUGGAGCCGUCGUGGGGGGUCCAAAUCAGAAUGAUUUCUUCCCAGAUGAUCGGACGGAUUACAGUCACUCGGAGCCUGCAACAUAUAUUAAUGCAGCUUUAGUUGGACCGUUAGCAUUCUUUGCUGGGAGCUUCAACAUGUGAGAUGGAGUAGUCAUGCUAAUUAAUUACUCCUAUAAUCAAAUCCAUUAGUCCAUAUUUGAUUUGAAUUAGCGCAAAAAAAGAAAAUUGUAAAUAUGUAUUCCCCGGUGCUAGGCUAGCUUGCUUG